AUUUCCCACUACCCCACUCUCCAGCAACCAAAAAGACGCAAACAUGGCAACCAAUUUCGCCAACAGCGGCGAGGUUUCCGGUCACGUCUGUAACGACGGCGGAGCUGAGGGCUCUCAGCCGUGCAUCAAAAGCAUGGUGGACGAAGGCAGUGUGGAGAGCCAUAGGUUUUACUUGGCACGCAAGACUGUUUGGGAAAUGCUCAAAGACCGAGGCUAUAAUGUGGCUGACUCGGAGUUAACUCGAUCAAUCACUGAGUUCCGUUCCGUUUUUGGAGACCAACCUGACCUUGAACGUCUCCGUAUAUCUGUUUCCCUGCGUUCGAACCCUUCCAAAAAGAUCCUGGUUGUCUUCAUGGGAACAAAUGAUAUCAGAAAAGCAACGGUUUGUGCUCUUAAAGGUCAGAUUCUCAAUGAAAGCUUAAGUGGGCUGAUACUGAUCCUGCAGAGCAAAAUGAACUCCUUUGCUCUAAAAGAACUGAAGAAUUUUCCAUUUAAAGUGGAGCUUUUCAAAAUUGCUGACCUGUAUGUUAAUAUAACAAAGCACUUCUUGAUGCCAAAGCAUGAGGUGCUGACUGCUGAAGAAAAACAAAAGUUGUUGAAGAAGUACCAGUUGGAAGAUAAGCAGCUGCCCCAGAUGCUACAAACUGACCCAAUUGCUCGAUACUAUGGACUGGAGAAAGGACAAGUGGUGAAGGUUACUUACAGUGAGGAAUUUGUUCAAUUCCAUGAACAAUACCGUUGUGUUGUUUGAUGCUAAUCUUUGUUGAUUAACCCUUUUAAAGUGAUACCAUUAUGGGAAACUCAGUCGCACUUUCUGUAAGUGGCUUAGCUGUAGUCUGUGUAAGUUGCAGAAGUUGACUAUGACAUCUAUGUAUGUAUUUAAUCUUUUGGCUUGUCUAGCUGACAUUUUGUAACUUUGGUCCUGGCAGAUUGGUCUUUGCCAUUGUUAUCGACCACUCCCUGUCAGUUUCAUUUGUUGCAUUACUGAUUU